CUUCGCGGUUUGUCCCCUUGCGCGGCCCGUCUCCCGGCGCCGCGGCGGGAAAUCCGAGGGGCUCCUCCCGGCCGCCGCCUCCCUCUGCCGUCGCGCGCCGGCCUCGUCGGGCCGCUGUCAUGGAGGACGACGAGGGGGCCGAGGAGCAGGAGCGAUUCUCCCACCAGCAGAGGCUAAAAGCAGCCGUGCACUACACUGUCGGUUGUCUUUGCGAGGAUGUCGCAUCGGACAAAGAAGUGCAGUUCAGCAAGCAGACCAUUGCAGCCAUCUCAGAGCUGACCUUCCGCCAGUGUGAACAUUUUGCCAAAGACCUUGAAAUGUUUGCAAGACAUGCAAAAAGAAGCACAAUUAACACUGAAGAUGUGAAGCUCUUAGCCAGGAGGAGUAAUUCACUGCUAAAAUAUAUCACAGAGAAAAAUGAAGAGCUCACUCAGUUUAACAUAGAGCAAAGAGCGAAGAAGAAGAAGAAGAAGUUAGAGGAUGACAAGACAAAGUCAUUGGCACUGGCAGAGGCCGCAGCCUCGGGAAGGGACAGUUCGGCUCCGUCGCCAGGGGCAGAAGCAGCCUUCCGGGAGGGCCGCCAGGAGCAGGUGCGGCCCUGAGGGAUUUUUGAAGGGAUCAGUAGAGAUUAAAGGAAAAAGGCGAGGCGGCUUGUUGGGCCGCGCGCUCCGGUCGUGGCUGCAGAACUAGUGUCAGAGCCGGAGAGUCUCCAGGAAAAUGCUCCUGUCUCCCCCGCUCUGACACACGACUCCGAGGGGCAGAGGUCGGAAAUCGUAUCUGUCGCCAUUAAUAAAAUGAUGUCAGCAAUGAAAUGUGGUCGGCUUCUUCAAGCAAACAUCUUAGUUAUUUCUUUAUUCUUCUACAUAAUUCUUCAGGCUGACAGCCCCGAAAGACGAAUGAAGCUCUCUGCAUUUAUAUUGUCCUUUUGAUCACCAGUGUGGCUUUGAAGCCUGUGCCACGUGUGGCCACGAAGCCAAUGUGAUGCUCACAGGUGGAUGUUUGGAAAGUGUCCGUUCUACUUUUUAAAGGUGAUUUUCCCCAGAAACACAGUUUAUGCAGUUUUUCUCUGGCUCUUUUGUAAUUUUACCACCGGGCAGGAGUUUGCUUGAGAGGAAGACCUGCUGCAUUCCCAAGCGCUGCCAUCUGUCGUGCUGGUUCAGUCAGCGAGGGCCGGAGCUUCCAGUCCUGCUGCCUUCUCUUCGGGCGUCUGGGGGCCCAGGGCGCACCGCUCCUCACGCGGGCAGGAGGGACAGGGAGCAGGACUGCAUCUGGGGGCCGUCCUGUGCGCCAGGCUGCCCCCGGGGACCCGCGUGGAACCCCAGCGCGUCCUCAGCCUGACGGGAGGCAUCUGAUUGUCCCCGGGUCUUCCUGAUGCGCAGGCCGAGGCUCAGAGGUGAGCCUGCUGCCCGGGAUCUGCUGGGCCGUAGAGAAGCGUUCACCCUGACGGUGCUGCCUCAGGAGGACACCCGUUCUGGAUAGAACCACCCAUGCCCG